AUGGAUAGCAUUGAUUCAAGCCUCUCCCCAGGCCUGCUGCGUCUGGUUAAUCAAUCGAGGGACAAGGGCGCAAGUUCUUGGCUGAAUGCGAUGCCUCUCGCAGACAAAGGUAUAACCCUCAACAAGCAAGAAUUCAGAGACUCGCUUCGCUUGCGUUAUGACUUGCCCUUAUUCGAUUUACCAAGUCAUUGCAUAUGUGGGGAUAAAUUCACCGUUAGUCACGCCCUCUCUUGUAAAAAGGGGGGGUUUGUAGCGCAGAGACAUGACGGUGUACGGAACUUGUUAACGACAUUCAUCGACAAGAUCUGCAAUAAUGUCGAAAUCGAACCACGCCUCCAACCCCUGGACAACGAGCGAUUUCAUUUGAGGAGCGCUGUUACAAGUUCUGAGGCAAGAUUGGACAUCAAAGCGGGAGGUUUCUGGGCAAGAGGAGUUACGGCAUUUUUUGAUGUUAGAGUUACGCACGUCAACUCCAAGUGUUACCAGAGCAAGCCAACAUCGGAAGUGUUCAAAGAGCAAGAAGAAGAGAAGAAGCGCAAAUACCAGCAGCGGGUGUUAGAUGUAGAAAUGGGUUCGUUUACGCCUUUAGUGUUUGGAACCAAUGGCGGAAUGGGAAACGAGUGUCAGCGGUUCUUAAUGCAUCUCGCAGACAAGAUAGCUCAGAAAGACACCGAGCCUUAUCAUGUUGUAAUCACUUGGCUCAGGACACAGAUCUCGUUUGAACUCUUAAGAUCGGUACAUGCAUGCGUCAGAGGUUCGCGAACGCCGUUUCGUAGCAAGAUAGAGCAAUCAUUAGACUGUAAAAUAAAUGUCGCUAUAGUGCGGAUAUCUGAAAUACGUGUCUACACUGGUUUAGCCGUCAUUAGUAUAAUUCGAUUGUAUGAUCUUGAUAUCUCUGCAUAAUGGAAUUCUUAAUUUUAUAGAAUUUUGAACUUUCAUUAUUGAUUAUAUCUAUUUCCUCUUCUUUUAUGUAAGGUUAAGUUACUUCUAUUUUUUAGAAUUUGUAAAUGAAUAGUUUUCUCUUUCUUCACUUAUUAUAUAUAGGAUUGUUUUUGUUCUCUAAUGAAGGAAUUGUAGAUAGUGUUUUGAUGAAUUGAUUAGAUUUUUGGUAACAGCAGGUUGAUUGUAAAUAGGAUUUUAAUUGAGGUUUUGUAAUAAAGAUUUUACUUUUAUUAUUAUUAUUAUUAUUAUUAUUAUUAUUAUUAUAGGACGCCAAGUGUUAUUUUUGUUGAAUAAGAAAGACUAAUGAAAGAAUAAAUAUCAAACCAGAAAUUGCUCUCUUCAAACUGUAAAUUAUAAAUGAUCCUGAGAGAAUAUUCAGUGUGAUAAGGAUUUCCCUGCUGUACUGUUAGCAAGAGAGGAAGGGGGAUUCUUUUUUAAUUUCCGUUUCGCUGACACAGCUUUAGCAGAAAUCUCUCUUUAGUCGUUUUCGUCGACAAAACGAAUAGCAAUAUCGCUCUCCGCGUCUUCCGCCAUUUUUUUCUUCCUCAAUUCGUGAAGGACGCGUGGCUCAGAGCGUGGGUCAUCCACGCGGAACACAUUCGUGCUACGUGAUUGGCUGUUGUCUAAUCAGCCUUGGGAUCUGUGGUCUUAAAAAUAACUCGAGACGAAUUACCUAUGGAAUAGGGUGUGUACGGAGGAUGCCUUCUCUGUCCCCUUUAUCCUCUCUUGAUAGCAACCCAAAUGCAACUCCAGGUUGUUUUGGCGGGAAAUCGCAUAGCCAGCGGCGUCUUGUAAUGCAGAGACAACUAAAGAGUCAAUAAAGAAGAAAACGGAAAGUGGAAAUUGUUUCUGUAUCCAUGUUGUCUAAAGUAUUAAGCACAGAUUAAUUUCAUGUCCACAAAUUUGAAAUACAGAGCAAGAGAAAGAGAAAAACAGAAAGAAGGCGACAGGCCAGCGAAGCUCAAUGAGAAAAAGAGCAACAGAGAUCUAGAGAGAUAAAAAAACUAAAGAGACAUUUUUUUUGUUGUUGGAAGAACAACACGAAAAUUUUGUAACGGCGGUAAGUAAAUGAGAAAUGCUAGCGGGCCACCAAUGAAAAGUGUAAAUGAGCGGCAGUAAAAAGAAAGUGAACGAGAACACGGACGACAUUUCCUACAUAAAAUGUGUAACUAGGAAGUUUCUGGAAGUGUCACGUUGUAGUCGUGCAAAACAGCAGCAAAGAAAUGAACAAAAAAAGUGUGCUGCAUGUGAAAAGUUGCUUUUUUGCUAAUUAGACCUAUUGUUGUUUUAUCACCGUUAUCCGGCGUUGCGUUCGCCGCUUAGCAUUAUACGAUUUUAUAUUUUUUUUGAAUAAACUAUAAAUACUGUCGAGAGCUUCGCUUUUAGCCGUGGCUAAAUCUAUAUAUUAUUUCUUGUAGAGCUCAACUUGGUCGCUAUCCUUUAAAUAUCACUAUCAAUCAACACGAUGGUCAGAAAUAGGUGUUUUUUUCUCCCACAUAGGUCACAGCGACGUGAAGAAUUUUCCAAAUGGCAUGAAACUUGGCAGGAUUGUUGCUUAAGAGAUACUACAUUUUUUGGUGGCAGUUUGACAGUCUUGAUGGACGUGGACAUUGUGACGUCAAAAAUAGUUUCCAAAUUUGGUGCCAAAAUUUAGAAUUAAUAAAUCGUCAGAAAAAUCAAAUAGAGGUGUUCUGUGAUCAGAGUGAAGCUUUCCAUUGAAAACCCCGUAAAAAUCCAUUAAAACGGGACAAAGUUACAAGCUACUUUGUGACUGACAAUAAAAAAAGGAAUUUAAAGAAUUUAAUUGUUUUAUUACCUUAUAUGGUGAAACUUUAGGGAGGUUUCCAGUUCAAGACAAUAAAUGGAAGUUAAAAGAAAAAUAGCGGAUAACACUCUGGAGAAAAUUUGUAGUUUUUUGAAUUUGGGACUCUAUAGGUAUUUUCACUUGUAAUGUCAUCAACACGUAAAUAUGACGUCAACAUGGUAUGAAAUGACGUAACAUGCAACCUGACACCCCACGUCCCAAAUUUAAAGAACUACAAAUUUGCUUUUAUGCAUGGUUCGCUUAGUUUCCUUACUGUUUCGUUUAAUAAGCUGGAGUUUAAAUACCUCUAAAUUUUGACCAUAUCUGGUUAAUUCCAUACAUUUGGCGGGAAACUUGAAUUUCUUUAAUUAGCUCUAACUUUGCAUUUAAGUGGGGUUUUCACCAGACAGCUCCGCUUUUUUAUAGAUUUUAUUUAUAAACUUAUUUAAGUCAUUAAUUAAUUCCAAAUUUUAGCGCCAUGUUUCAACGUCACUUAUGACGUCAUGCUGUCAAUCAAAAGUAUAAAACUACCAUCAAUAGAUGUGAACUUUCUUUUACUAUGUUCCUGCCAAGUUUCGUCUCAUUCGGAAUAUUUCAUAAUCAUCUAUGUGUCUCUAAUGAGCCAUGUGGGAGGAAAAACACCCAUUUCUGACCAUCCUUUAACAUUGUAUUUUCAGACUAAAAAUGAAGAAUCCUUCGUCAAGCAAUCUCUUUUAAUGUCCAGUUUGAUUUACACUGCAAUGGAAGGAGUAGCUUUCACUCUCAUUUCACUAAGAUAUCAAAUAUUAACCUACCCGAUUUUAAUUCUGAUUUGUUAGAUACCGCUAUAGUAAAAAACAAUCUAGGUUUAAAGGUGAUGUUACACGGGACGAUUCGCAACGACGAUUGUUAGCGCAACACAGCGUUGCAAUGUUGGAACAGUGUUGUCACUAUUCCAAACAAUGCAGCAACAAUGUUGCAAUGCUGUGUUGCGCUAAAAUCGUCGUUACGAAUCGUCUUGAGUAACAUCACCUUGAUGAAACUGGAAUAUAUAUAUCAUAUUGGCAAAACACCCUUCAACACUCUUAAAAACUAACCGUAGAGGUACUUUCGCUCGUCUUUUUUCGCCUUUCCGCGAUUGAGAAAAAAUCGAGAAAUUAACAUUCAAAGACCUGCGAAUAAACAUCAUUAAAUUGGUAGAUACAAUCGAUAAAACUACUAGGGAUAAUAGGAAUUGUUCAGAAAAAGAUGAAGAAGUUUCAUGUCCUAGGGUGGAUUCAAUUGUAACAUACGCGUACGUAUAGCUGUCGCAUUUGCCAGCUGGAAGUUUAUAUUGUUUUGAAGCCUGAAAAAAUAAAAAAUUCCAGCAGUCUAAUGCGACAGCUAUACCCGUAUGUUGCAAAUGAAUCUACCCUUUGUCGUUUUAAGAAGGCAAAGAAAUGACGUACAAAGAAGCUUGAUGGGCGUGCCAAGAUGAUAUUUUGUUUAUUAUAUCUAAAAGUAUUGUUCUUUGUCGUUCUUGUCGUCGCCGCCGUCUUGGCUUCCCAGUUUUUCGUUCGUCUGCACUGACCGAGAGCCAGGCAUAGGCUAGGCGAGGCAGUUGUUCCUUACGUAUAGAGCGCUUUCACAUGACGUCACGGCAGCCAUAUUGGUGUUCCAAAACAAUGAAACGGCGGCCAUAUUGGUGUUCCAAACAAAUCCUGCGGGAGUUGGACCCUUUUCUUAAGUAAAAAAUCUUUUUUGUUCCCAUAAAUUUGCAUAGAUGCUGGCCACGUGAGUGAAAACGCUCUAUACGGUCGCUACCAUUUUUAAGACCUGUUAUUGAGAGUGUUUCUAACAAAAAAAAAAGAAAGAAAGAAAAUCGUAACCCAAGGUCGAGUCCGGUUCUUUCGAAUCCUAAUCUCUCUCCCUUACAACUACACUACCACACCGACCCGCCAACAUUCCGAGAAAUUUAGGUACAUACACCAGCAAACUGUCUUCCUUGAGCGUUUCGUCAAUAAAAGGUGACCCUAGCCCUUUCCAUAACUUUCAAUGUAAAUUCAACUUGGGCUUCAACGUCACUCUUUCUAAGAGCCGUUCAAAAACGUACUAUAGGCCUUAUUGUAGUGUUAAUAUUACACCUAUCUGUGACGACACUAGCCACAAAAGUGAGUCCUAUCCACCGAAAAGAAACAGCAAAAACAAUCUCGAGAAAACACGUACCAAAAUAAUACUUUAAGCAUUUAUUAAAACAAUACUCCCAAAACUCUACAAUUUUAAGAUUAAGUAGAUAAGCGUUUCUGUAUACUAGUUCCACUGAACAAUUAAAACGGGAUAAUUCUUCUAAAUUCUAAAGACUAUGCAAUAUUACUUUUUUUAAGCACAAAAUACCAAGCAAUUUUAACUACGUAAUCUAGUACAUUCGAACACAAGGUAAUUGUUUUUUUUAGUUUACCUUGCGUAUAAACACAGGAGUUCCUCGUCUUUCCUUUAAUCCACUACGCCACGACUUCUUCCGAUCACACCACCACUUUUUACCCGAUCCAAAAACUCCAAACUCCAGUAACUCCGCCUUACUUUUAUACCUUUCUCAAACUUGCUUUUAUCUCCCGGUCUGCUGCUGUUCUCUGGUUCAAUAUGGUUUCUGCAGCCGUUCUUGGAGACGGUCACCAAAGUAUUUCUCCGUCCUCCGUAUUGGCGUUCCGUAUUCCUACUCUGUAAAAUUUUACAGCACAUCCGUUUGCUGAAUCAGGGACGCCUCUGCUGAAGGAUUUCAGUAGUGCCUGUGCUUUAAAAGUUUCUCUCUUACUCUCUUGAACACACUCUUCGCACUGACUUUGCAGCAACGUGGCCCCUUCUUAAUACCUAAGACUUCCAAAUCCCAAUCAAAUGCAAGGUGUAGCAAAUAGGAACUCUCGUGAAAAGUCUGAUCUAGUAAUAAACAGUUAGAACGGCUAACAAUCAAUAGAUCCUGAUUAGAAAUGAAUAUUUUACCGAAUUAUUUUUGUCGAACAAUAAAAUUACAAACUAUAACAAUAAAAGUCACGUAAUCGCGUCCUACGGAAAAAAGAAAAUGAACCAAAAAAUUGAAAUAUAUUCUUUUGUCGCUUUACCUUCACCAAACACUAAAAAGAAGCAUCCUAAGUGAGAUUUGGGCAAAGAUUUUUCUUCACAAGCCUUUAUAGAAAGAUAAAAGAUGAAAAUCCGAGCAUUUCCGAAGACUUCACGAAAACGCUUCUAAAAUGGCCGCGUGAUAGGCUGGAGACUAUGACGUCAAUGUUGGUCCUUCAGGGCGGCAAAACGUUCUGCUCAACGUUCUGCGCAUCCCUUAUCGCCUGCGUUUGUUCAUUCUCGUCCCCAGAGCCCGUCGUUUCUGGUUACAAAUUAAGCCGAGUGGCUCUGGGGACGAGAAUGGCGUUUGUUUGUGUCGUUCUGUGAGAGUUCUGACUGAGACUGAAUGAAAUACACGAGGUGCGAAAUUUCUCUCCUUGUAAAGGCUUUUUUUUUGUUUUUGUUGUUGUUUUUUCGUCACUUGAAAAUUACUUUGGAUUCAGAACAACCAAUGUUAGAGUGAAAACAGAUCAUUCCGUCAGUCUGAGGUGGAAUAAAACGUUUUGCACAUUUUCAAACAGGUUUGUAUAUUUCUGAUAAUGGUGCAUUCGACUUGUGAGUUAAUUUUGUGUCCAGUGCUUCGCCAGCUUUCGCCGGGUUGAAUUAAGACCUGCUUGUAUCCUGUUAUUAGUAGUUAUGGUUACUUUUUUUACAUGCCCAGAUUUAUUUACCUUUGCAAAACCAGCUUUAUCCUUGUCUUCAGUCAAAGAACCUUAAUGCUAACGCAUGCGCGUGAACAAACUUGUGCGCUUUUAAGCUUUUAAGUUUUAAAAACUUUCUCGGAACUAUAGAAGGCCAGCAAGCUUACUCGAGAAGAAAAGACAAAUUCGAUCAUUUUUCUAUUGCUCAAGUAAUAAUAGUCAGAGUUUUUUUUCGUUCAAUUUUUUCAGUUUUAAUUUUAUAGUUUUGUUAUCUUUCUGUACGCAAAUUUUCCUUUCAUCAUCACUCGCUGUGAAGUAGCGGAGAACGACAACUGCCGGCAUUGACUCCAAAACAAUCGACUCUUUUCCCGUAAACAGUUGCUGGAGCUGGAUUUGACUGAAGCGAGCAAAACAAAUCCUUAUGUGCAGUUUUCUGUUUUUUCUAAUGAUUCAGUUUUUGGACCAGUUAUUAAAAGUAGCUAAUCUAGCUAAGUAGUCGGAAUCAUGGCUUGGCUGCGAAGCUUGCAACUGAUCUUUUGCUUUUAAGAUCUUUAGGUAGGUUGUUUCCGUACAGAAAAUUCACUUCUUCUUUGUCAGCAGGUAUAAGAGCCUUAAGCCUUAUGUUUUUUUAAAGAAAAUUUGUUAUUUUGCAACCUUUUUGAAGCUUUUUUUAGUUCACUUAAGCUGGAUUUUAUGAAUGAUGGAAUUGUUCUUUGCAUGCUUGUCGCAUCUCUUUGCCAGCUUAAAGUGGCGUCUAUGGUCCUUAAAGUGACCUCAAUCGGUAAUUAAAUCUUAUACAUAAUUGGACAUUUUUGUAAUAAUGUAACUUUAACUUUGUUUGAAGGAAAUCUUACCUACGCGUAGGUUUUUGACAGGUGUUAUGCAUGUUCAACUUGAGAACACAAAGCAAAAUUUAUCUGCGCGAAACGAUGAAGUUUAAAAAAACUAUGGUUGCUUUGAAACCGAUCUUGGGAAAAAUUUACUAGAUAAAGAUUAACUCUAUUUCUGCCCACAUAUCAACUCCAAAACUUCUACAUUGAG